UGAAUGAGUUGAACAUCUUCUCUGUCUCUAGUUUUUAGACCAAAAGAUUUCUUCAACAGGAUUUGAAUUGAAUUGAAUUGCUUCUGCACGUGACUAUCCACUUAACGCGCUGAGAGCGCGACGCGUUUUCUUUCUCAUCCCACCACAAGUAAACACUACCAAAUUCCCACAUCACAACCCUUCCCAAACACUCGCAGAUUCGUAAAGUAAAGAUGGCGAACUAUGGAUACAACGGCGGCAAUUAUUCGACGGCAAGUUAUGGAGCACAAGGCGGAGCAGAUGGAGGUGGAUUCAUGGGCGGCUCACAGCAAGGAAGUCAAGAGGGAGGAGGAAGCAAGACAUAUGGGAAGGAUACUGUACGACCUGUCACUAUCAAACAGAUUCUUGAAGCACAACAACCCCACCCAGACAGCGACUUCAAGAUAGAUGGCUCUGAAGUCACACAACUCUCCUUCGUCGGCCAAAUCAACAUGAUCUCCUGUCAAGCCACAAACAAUACCUUUCAAAUCGACGACGGCACGGGCGUUAUCGAUGUGAAGCAAUGGAUCGAUAGUGAUCAACUCCCCGAACAUGCUAGACCUCUGCCAAAAGAAGGAGAAUAUGUUCACGUCUGGGGUCGACUAAAGGCAUUCAACAACAAGCGCCACGUUGGAUCCCACGUUAUUCGACCUGUCUCCGAUUUCAACGAAGUCAGUUGCCAUCUCCUCGAAGCUACGGCUGUACAUCUAUACUUUGUGCGCGGGCCGCCACCUGGACCUCAUGAUGGAGCUAUGAAGGAUGGUGGCGGAGCUCAGGGUAUGUUCGUUGACAGCUAUGGUGGUGCGGCACCGCAAACGAAUGGAGGCGGAAAGCAGUUGCCAGCCAAGUUGUCGGCAACGGCAAGAAAGGUGUUCCAAUUGUUGCAAUCAUCACCGCAGAAUAAUGAGGGCUUGCAUGUGUCCAUGAUUGCUCAGAAACUCAGCUUGCAAGGAAAUGAUGUCUUCAAAGCAGGCGACGAGUUACUUGCUGACGGAUUGAUCUAUACGACUGUGGAUGAUGAGACAUGGGCAGUACUGGAAUACUAGAGUAAUGAUGGGAGGACAAGGCGUUGGGGGUCGUUCUGGUAGCAUUUACGGAUGUUUACGAAUGAAUGUUAGUAUGUUCAUUGCAUGAAGUAUCAUAAUCACGAAUUGCCAAAAAUUCGUCUUUGACCUUUUUCAAUGUCUGUAUU